AUGGGACGGCAUGGUGAGGUGGUGUUUCGGCAGCAACAGUGUGUUGAUCAACGGUGCCAGUGCAUCAAUGGUAACUGGUUCUGCAUAGACACUUGCACGCCUCUGGAGGAACUCAAGUGCCCUCCCGAUGAGCGCAUCUUCUGGGACCCCUUCUGCUGUCCUCGGUGUAAAGGGACAAAGAAGUGCUCUGUGACGGUGGCAACAAUCAACUGGUUGGAGGAGGCGCCGAUGCACAAGGACCUAUCAAGCUUUGUCAGUGUCUUCACACCGGAAGGCGAGAAGGAAGUGCUAGACGAGGCAUCAUUGAUGAAUUCGCAGACGGCGAGAAUUGAGGAGGGGGAGGAGGAGGGAGCUGAAAAGACCUCCCUAAUAACUGUGGAUCCAGGUCAACACCUUGUCACUCACGCCGGCCGCUGCGUCUGCACUGAUGGUGAACUUAGAUGUUCUCGACCCGUGGAGGCCACUAAUUCACUAUCUGAGCUUAAUCAACUUAGUGAGGCCCUCAACACGCACUUUGAAAACGGAUCCGCUAACUCCGAGGACCUGGUUCCAUAUGUUUGUGUUGCCACAGGCGCUGGAAUUUGGCACGACACAGACUGCUACUACUCACAUGGCAACAAAGGCCACUACUAUGCUAGAGGUGAGCACUGGAAGGCGCACAACGACGAGUGCUCGGAUUGCCAAUGCCUCGAAGACCGGCAGUACACGUGUGCUCGCACUCCCUGUAGCGCCCUCUUCCUAUGCCCCGCCGGCAAGGUCCCUGUUGCCGCACUCGGCGACUGCUGCCCUUCCACUUGCGAGGAUGCUACGCUAGUCAAAAUUGAUCUGACAGUUAAUCCGAAUGAGGCCUUCGACCAAUCGCUGAACGACCCAGAACAGGCGACCUUAGAAACGGCCCCAGAGGAAAAGACCGUACCUAAAUGGCCACAAACAAUUUCAAAUGCCACAAAGUGCAAACCUCUGGGUGACUUGUCCGCCACCUCUAACAGCGCCUCCAACAUCCUCUUGCCAACCGAGAGCCUCGUAAUCAUCCGUCGCACCUGCGUCAGCCUCAAGUGCGUCUGCUCCUCCGAAGGAAACUGGAUUUGUGCAGACUACUGCAUUCCCUGUCAAGGCGUGUCUACUCAAGUCACCAACGCAGACGCUAAUACACCCAACACCUUCCAUCCCGUUCGACCUCGCACCUCCGAUGGCUGCUGCCCUAAAUGCACCGGAUAUGACGACAAGGAGCCGUUAGACUUCACUGAACGAUACUCCAUCGUCAUCAGCUGUUUCCUAGCCCCGCUUGCGCUGACCCCCCUCUUCGUGCUGAUCGCCUGCUGCAUUUGCUUGCGGUAUCGUCAGAAACUGAAAAAGUUGCGUGCAACCGAGCUCAAUCAAACCAAAUUUCAUUUGGAGGUCGGACCAACCACACAUUCAGUACAAUCAAGCCUUGCUGUGCCACUGACAAUCUCCACCAACGCUGAAGGUGCAUCACCGCCAAUUCAAUCUGACAAAGAGCCCACAGUGUUUAGAGGAAGAGACAGUAUUCACCAGUCGCUUCUAUUCAGCUCAAAGCUUAAUGAAGUUCCACUUGUUCCAAUCAAGUUUUGGCGUCUCAGCGCUUCCUAUUCGUGUCUUCCUGAUGCCCACCACAUUCACACAGACUCCAACAAUCCUAAUUUUGAAGACAGUACUUUGCAGAAGUCUUUUCUCACCGCAACAACCUCAAGCAGCGAUGACACAUCAUCCAGAAACCUCCAGAAGAUCAUUGUAAAUUAUCCUCCGGUAGAUAAAACACCUUGCAACAGCAGUCCUAUGUCCUCUUCCUCGCCACAAUUGGCUAAUGGUGAAGCCACAAUAACUGGAAGUAGCCUGGACUGGAGAAGCCGCUUGAGAAGGAGCUCCACUCAACCUAAAACCCAUUUCUUUCCACAUGCAUGGAAAAAAAUACUCUCGAAAUCAGCUGCAGGAGCAGCAACAGCACACCCCUUGCCCGGAGUUAACGAAGUGCCGUCGUACUUUGCUAUACCACAAGCGCAGUCGUUGAAAACUGCCUCAAGUGAUGUAGAAGCUAUGCAUCAAAUUAUCCACGCUCACAACGCCACAUCCACUGACCUCGCUGGCAUCUCCUAA